CUCCCAACACCGAAAAGUUAAAACCAAAGGGAAACCAAAUGCAGAAGAACUCGACCAUGGGGAGACCGCUCCUCCUGCUCGCCCUCCUGGCCACGGCCCUCGCAGCCACCUCGGCCCUCGGCCGCCGCGGCGUGCUUCUGGGCGGGUGGAGCCCCGUCAAGGACGUGAACGACCCGCACGUCCAGGAGCUAGGCGGGUGGGCGGUGGCCCAGCACGCCAGCCUAGCCAAGGACGGGCUGCUCUUCCGCCGGGUGACGCGCGGCGAGCAGCAGGUGGUGUCCGGGAUGAACUACCGCCUCUUCGUGGUCGCGGCGGACGGCUCCGGCAAGAGGGUGACCUAUCUCGCGCAGAUCUACGAGCACUGGAGCAGGACCCGCAAGCUCACGUCCUUCAAGCCGGCUGCCGGCGGCUAACAGCUGAUCCGCGCGGAGCGCUGCCGGUUAAAUUCAUCUGCUCGUCCUUUCUGUGUGUACGUACAGUAGUAGUACUGCAGCUAAAUAAAUGAGUCGGGUGGUUUGAUCGUCAGGCAUUCAGUUCCUGACAUGUAAUAUUUGCUUUCCAUGGCAAAUAGAAAAGGGGAACCCUACGUGUUCGUCGAA